AUGUCUAUUGGUGUUCAUUCUUCUCAUAGUGUGUUUGGGCGAAACUACAUUCCAGACGGCGUCUCCCGUCCUCUUAGCAUACUUACGCGGCAGAGGGGACAAACUAUUCAACGCAUCGACUCUCUAAGGGCUUCUCUUUCUUCAAUUGUUUCCUCUCGCAUGCACCAGUUGGAUUCUCAAAGCAGUAAGUGUGCAUCGAAGGUAUUUGAAGGGUUUGACAACACAGCUGAAGCGUUGACAGGGAAUGAGGGAUCUUUGUCGGGCCUUAAUGAUAAUGACUUAUCGCGGAAGCCACCGGAGGAUUGCGGCGGUAUGGAGCCAAUGACGCUUGCCACUGCGAUGCCUUGCCCAAUUGCCUCUUCCGAGACCCUAUCCUUAUUCCCACUUUCGCUCAAGACAUCCGACACUGACCACAGGGGCUCUCAUUUGUUAUUGGGGGCACAUAGGCAAAUUGAGGCCUUGAUACGUGAAAAACACAAUCUGGAGAGGACGUGUUUAAAUUAUGAGAAUCACAUUAAUGAGUUGAAACAACGGUGCAUUGGGUAUAGUAAAGGCUUAGCCACCACUCCAUUGGGGGCUCAGUUGGUGGAAAAAAGCGUUUCAAUGCAUUCACAGGGUCCACCUUCAUCAUCUCAGUUGGCUUUAAAAGUACAGGAUAAUGAUGCACACUGUUCUGUGUUACUCGACUCUCGUGAGACUUCUCAAGGGGUGCAGCUGAAGAGCGUUCCGUUUAGUGCAAUAGAACCAUUGUUGCGUUUAUUUCAUCAACUUUCUACCGGCUACCCCGAACUACUUCUCGGCAUGGAUUCACCAUUGGAUGUGGAAGGGUCACCAUCGCUACCUCCAGAGGAUUGGCCAAACCAAGAGUGGGGCAUUGGGAAAGAUGGAGUAAAUGAUAGCUCACCGAACCACCUAGCUAUACUUGAUUUCAAAGAAGAGGAGGUUUUUCGAAUACUGAAACACUUAGAAAAUAUACUUCCAUGCCUAAUGUCCUCUUCACGGACGAUGGGAUUUCUUACGUCAGCGGGUGCAAGCUUACUGGACUGGGUCAAAGCCCUCGAAGACAAAGCUGUUGAGAACCGUGCCAAAGUAUUAGAAAUAGCUGAAAAGCUUCAGAUGGCUAAUGAGGCACUGAAUACUCAGUUAGUAGAAAAAGAAGCGAACUUAAAAGCUUCAGAAAAGAGAGAGGAGUCUCUUAAAGAGGUUAUAGAAUUAAUUAACGCUGAGUUUGUGAAGCAGCAGUCAUGUUGUGAUAUUCAAAACGAGCACAUUCAAAACCUUAGCUAUGAACUCAGGCAUCUUGCUGAGUCUAAAACGUUGGAAGCCAAGGAACUGAUGGCUUCUCGGCAGCAAGCUAUACAAGAGAUGGAGGCGUUGACUGAGCAGGUCGAACAACUAAAGAGAGUUUCUGAGGCCGAUGAGGUGGCGCACGCAUCUCAAAUCGAGCGACUCCAAUGUAAGUUAGAAGAAACUCAAAGUUUUCUUACGAGUGCGGAGAGCGAAUGUUUGAGUCUUGUGAAAGAGCUUGAAGCCCUGCGUCAGGAACAACUCAUCGCGAAAACACCAAACCAACCUCAUGACUUUCUAGAAGAAUGUUUAGGCCAGGAGGAAAUGAAGGCUGUCGCGUCAGAGGAUUUUUCCACCGAUCAUCCCACCAUCGUGGAACUCCAAAGACUCAUGGAUAUCUCUGCUUUAGUUAGUGCUGAGCAUGAGGAACGGCAGUUGAUAGAGUUGUGCGGACAAAUAAAUCUGAAUGGCUUCUAUUGCGUAUUGUUUUCGGACUUCCAUAAAGACCUGCAAGUGGCUCGACAAGUAGCUUUGGAUGUCGGAUCCCGCGUGGCUGCCUUAACUACGGAACUGCGGGAGCUGAAGGGAGCGGAGCUUGUUGGUAGGGAGGCGAAAAGGUCUGAUGGACCGCCACCCGGUUCCUCUUCGGAGCCCACGACGUUGACAUUGAUGCUAGACCUGUCUCCCUUGCAAUCACAAGUAAACUCUCUUGAGGAUAAAGCCACUUCCCUGGAAGCAUUAUUAGAUACUAUAGAGGGGAUUUCUGUUGAAACGCAAGACAGAUCUGAUGAAUCUGCUUUACUCGACGAGUGUGCUCCAACGGCUGAUGGAGAGGAAGACAAUGACGGCAGCCGUUUUUCCAUAUUACCCAAAGAGCUUCACAAGACUCAACAAUGUCUCGCAAGUCUGACUAAGCAGAUGGAUUUGUUGUAUUGCAGAAUAAAACACAGCCGUGUACUACCCAACGCUCAAGAUCGGUUGCCUUGCGGUGAAUGCAUAGUUGGGGGGAUGGCGAGCGAUCCUCCGGAUCGGCCCCCACCAACUGAAGGGGAGCGCGUGGGGUCGCCAUCGCGGCUGCCUCCGAUUUCGGUGCGAUGGCUGGCGUUUGAUUCGACAGGGCCAGACGAUGGCGAGGCCGGGAUGGCCGUUCCCCCGACCCCGCGGCGGUAUUGGGAUCUCGACGAGGUGGUGGCCGCGCUCACCCAACGCGCCGGCCCUGCCCACGAGGCCCCCAGGGGAUGGGGCCUGGGGGGGGGAUUUCUAUGGCGUGGGCCACCACCUGGCCCAGGCCAUGGGCCUAUCGCAGCCCGGCACCCCGUCUUUCGCCCUCUGGGAUUGUUUUCUCUUGCGAUUGCGGGGCGUCUACCGGGCCCAGAGACGGGCUAG